AAGGUAUCAAAAUGGAGAGAGAUCUGAGCGUUCCUCAUCAUGUCAAAGCACUGGAGAGAUUCCUCAACAUAUCACGUCUGCUCUCUGAAGUGGAAAAUGUGAUGGUGGAUCCCGUACCCACUUUCAAAUAUUCUUGGAAUGUUAACGACGAAAAUACCUCGAAUCCUGAUUCAUUGCUUCUUGAUAGAGAUCUGAAGCCUGACGAGAAGUUUAUGUACGACACAAGUGAGCUAACUGAAGAGAACAUGUGGCUAAAAGACAUCCUCCUUUCAGACAGUUCAGAUAGCAGCGAUGAAGAAGAGAUGAGCGAGGAAGAAAUGAAGCGGAUGCUGAAGAAGCACAAGCAGAUGAAGAAGAUAAGAGAGAAAACACGACAACAAUCUGGUACUUACUCCGGCUACAGUACGUCUAUCCUUGCCUCGGACAACCCAGCUUUUCAUUUCGAGUUCCCCUCACUCGACUACUCUAAUAAGACGCGGAGAGAAAAGAGACCAGUUUGCAGGAAGAGACCCAGCAAGGAGGGGGAACCUCUCACAAUCUCAGACAUGAUAGACGCGCUACAUUCUCACUGUGUAUCAGAAGAAACGGGAAUUACACCCCCGCAACUGUUGAUUGAGUGUGAUGGACCGUGUCUGAAGAAACCCAGGUACUCCCGCACCACCUCACAAAUAUGGAGAGAAGCUAUCGGUCAGGUGGUCAAAAAAGCUGAGGAGCGACUCUCGAGACUCGACCAGCAGCAAUCCUCCACAUCCAUGUUGUGUGACGAGAUAAAGCUGAAGUCUGAAGAUCUCCUCCAAAAUCUGAAACACACAAACACAUUGAAUCAAGCAGAUCGAGUUUCGUCAAACUCUGAGAAGCAGUUUGAAGAAGCCAAAGUCCCCACACCCGAUGCAGAUGGCGACUUAAACCUGGAGAAGAAAUCGCAAGAACUGCAAGCAUCUGUCAAAAUCGAAUCCGAUUUAAAUGCGCUUGAUAAUAUUAAUUCAUCGAGUAAAGUUGUCGAAAUAGAAAAUGUUGAACAAGUUAAUGAUAAUGCUAUUGAAUCUAAUGGAAAAAGUUCAAGAUGAUCAAAUUUGACAAUUCUGACAAAUUUUGUCGAUGUCUGACAGUUUUUGUCGAUUCACAACACAUUCCUAUCCCAUAUAUUUUUUGGAAUUUCCUGCCCCAAUGGCCAAUUGCAAUAGAUCAUUGAUCUAAGAUUAAGAACACAUACAGGAAUUUAAAUGUUCUCUUCGAUAUUCCUGCCAAAUAAACAACAUACGGGAUAUUAAAAGCAGUAAAAUUGGGCCGAGUUUAUAAAUUAUUAACUUCGG